UCAAGCGCAUCAGCAGCAGCGCGAAUACCGAGAGCUGGCAACGACGACCGGGUGCGUGUGAAUUGACUGGCCUCACCUCGACAAAUUAUUUGGAAAGAAAAGGUAUCGAUGCUUUCAGGAACUUCUUUGACAUCCGGGGGUUUAGUGUGAGUUAGGAAAGUUGAAAGCAGCUGCCUCAAUGUUAUUCAAGCCUCAGGCUAUUUCAAAUCUGUCUCCUUGCACAACAACGGGAUUGAAAAGGGACACAGAAGAGAGGGCCUGUUAAUAACAUCUUAUUAGCACCAUGGCGCAGACUGGGACUUCUUCCAUCCUAUUCAUUCUUCAGCUUGCUGUGUUUUUGUCAGCAUUUUCAUCUCAAAUUCAGUAUGCACAAGCAGGGAGUCCUAAACUAAGCAUGGAAAAUAACUCUACAGAUGAUGGGAAUAGUACACAAUGUGGUGGAGGGACACAUAAAUGCACACCUGGUGUUAUCCUGGCAGUAUGGAAACCAGAAAACCCAGCCUUUGCUGAUCAGUUGGCAAGAGCCACUGUUUACUUUGUAGGCUUGUUUUACAUGUUCCUGGGGGUUUCUAUUAUUGCGGAUAGAUUCAUGGCUUCCAUUGAGGUCAUUACUUCACAGGAGAGAGAGAUUACCAUCAAGAAACCGAACGGGGAAAAAAUCACAACGACCGUGCGCAUAUGGAAUGAGACUGUGUCCAACUUGACUCUAAUGGCGCUAGGAUCAUCUGCCCCAGAAAUCCUACUCUCUGUUGUUGAGGUAUGUGGCCAUGGUUUUGAUGCAGGUGAACUGGGCCCUAACACAAUUGUCGGAAGCGCUGCUUUCAACAUGUUUGUUAUCAUUGGCCUCUGUGUUUCUGUCAUCCCUAAUGGAGAGACCAGAAAAGUGAAACAUUUGAGGGUAUUUUUUGUCACAGCAACAUGGAGUAUAUUCGCUUACAUCUGGCUUUAUCUGAUCUUGGCUGUUAUCUCUCCUGGGAUUGUAGAAGUGUGGGAAGGCCUUCUCACUCUGUUUUUCUUCCCGCUGUUCGUGGGGUUUGCUUAUGUCGCCGACCGCAGACUUCUUUUCUACAAGUAUGUGUACAAGCGCUAUAGAGCUGGGAAGCAGAAAGGGAUGAUCAUUGAAACUGAAGGAGACCCUCAGCUUCCCUCAAAGGUUGACAUUGAAAUGGAGGGCAAGAUGCUCAAUUCUCAUGGAGAGGAUUGCAUGGAUGGAGACAUGGCAAUGGAUGAGAGAGAUCUGGACAAUGAGGAAGCCAGACGAGAAAUGGCCAAGAUCUUGAAGGAGCUGAAACAAAAACACCCGGAGAAAGAAACGGAGCAGCUCAUUGAAUUGGCGAAUUAUCAGGUGUUGACCCAACAGCAGAAAAGUCGUGCCUUUUACCGUUGCCAAGCAACCAGGAUCAUGACAGGGGCUGGGAAUGUAUUGAAGAAACAUGCUGCCGACCAAGCCAGGAAAGCCAUUGGUGCUCAUGAGGUUCGGUCAGAGGUUUCGGACAAUGACUUCUCAUCAAAGAUUUUUUUUGACCCUGGUACAUACCAGUGCUUAGAGAACUGUGGUACUGUAGCGCUGAAUGUGGUUCGUCGUGGUGGUGACUUGACCAAUACCAUUUCAGUGGAAUACCGCACUGAAGAUGGAACAGCCAAUGCCGGAUCAGACUACGAAUUCACUGAGGGCACAGUGGUCUUCAAGCCCGGUGAGACGGAGAAGGAGAUCCGAAUAGACAUCAUUGACGAUGACAUAUUUGAGGAAGACGAGCAUUUCUUGGUCCACCUCAGCAACGUAAAGGUCAUUUCUGAGGGCACAAGUGUCAGACACUCAGAGGCCAAUCACGUGGACACCCUGGCAGGUCUUGGCCUACCAUGCACAGCCACGGUGACCAUCUUUGAUGAUGACCACGCCGGGAUCUUUACAUUCGAAGAACCGGUGAUGACCAUUAGCGAGAGCAUUGGGAUGAUGGAGGUGAAGGUCAUUCGUACCUCAGGAGCUCGCGGAGUAGUUGUCGUACCCUACAAGACCAUUGAGGGUUCAGCGAAAGGAGGUGGAGAGGACUUUGAGGACACCCAUGGAGCACUGGAGUUCCAGAAUGACGAGAUCUGCCAAACUAUACAGAUCAAUAUAAUCGAUGACGAGGAAUAUGAGAAAAACAAGAACUUCUUCCUUGAGAUUGGAGAGCCUCGUCUGGUGGAGAUGAGUGAGAGGAAAGCUGUGUUGCUUCAAGAAGUUGGUGGAUUCGUUAAAACAGACAAAAGACUUUAUGGCAGGGAUGUCUACCGGAAAGUGCAGGGUAGAGAUAACCCUGUUCCGUCCACCAUUAUCUGCAUCGCAGAGGAGGGCGAUGAAGAGGCCCUCUCAAAGAAAGAAGAGGAAGAAAGGCGAAUCGCCGAGAUGGGCCGGCCCACCCUGGGAGAACAUGUCAAACUGGAGGUGGUCAUUGAAGAGUCAUACGAGUUCAAGAACACAGUGGAUAAGCUUAUCAAGAAGACCAAUCUGGCUCUGUUAAUUGGAACUAACAGUUGGAGGGAGCAGUUUGUGGAAGCCAUCACUGUCAGUUCUGGCGACGACAAUGAGGACGAGUGCGGCGAAGAGAAGCUCCCAUCAUGUUUCGACUACGUCAUGCACUUCCUGACCGUCUUCUGGAAGCUUCUGUUCGCCUUUGUGCCGCCCACUGAUUACUGGAACGGCUGGGCCUGCUUUGUGGUGUCCAUCAGCGUGAUCGGAAUGCUCACCGCCAUCAUUGGUGACCUGGCGUCCCACUUUGGCUGCACCGUGGGCUUGAAGGACUCGGUGACAGCUGUGGUGUUUGUGGCUUUGGGGACUUCUGUACCAGACACAUUUGCCAGCAAGGUGUCAGCCACCCAGGACCAGUAUGCCGAUGCUUCCAUAGGCAACGUGACGGGUAGCAACGCCGUCAACGUCUUCCUGGGCAUUGGCGUGGCGUGGUCCAUCGCCGCUAUCUACCACGCAUCCAAGGGCCAGACCUUCAGGGUGAACCCUGGCACUCUGGCAUUCUCUGUCACCCUCUUUACCAUCUUCGCUUUUGUGUGUGUGGGCGUGCUCAUGUACCGGCGCCGGCCUGAGAUUGGCGGCGAGCUGGGCGGGCCUCGUAUCCCCAAGAUAUUGACCACAAUGCUCUUUUUCAGUCUGUGGCUCUUGUAUAUUGUUUUAUCCUCGUUGGAGGCUUACUGCCACAUCAAGGGUUUCUAGAACCUACCCAGUUGGCUUGGGGGGAAAAAAUCCACUUUGACUUGGAAAUACCUCAUCCAAGGUAUCUUCAAUGCCGACUACUACCAUCAGAAACGUUUAAGCCAUUCAGUGCAACAUAGUGUUCUCUGGACCAGUGACAACCACCUUGCCCACAUCCAUGGGAUCAAUCCCUUCAUUGGGAUCUGUGUUCAUCCCUUUAUUUAAGCAAUCAUCGGUCUCUGAGUUGUGUUUGAUUACAUUCACCAUGAUUACAAACUUUCAUGAAGCAUCGACUAUAAAUAUAAUCCCUUUAAUCCAAGUUUUCUAAGGCAGAGAAGUCACACACUGUACAACGACUUUGUAAAUGUUGACCAUAACUAUGUGGAAUCUGAUGCUCUCAAUGUACGCCUCCGUAUUGUUAACCUCUUCAUGGCUCAGAUCUCAGGGCUCUGAGUUGUUAAGAACAUCCAAGCCUUCUAAUUGUCCCGCUAAAGCACCCCAGCCUAAAGGCAUUUUCCUCUGGUCCACUACAACUAUUUAUGCCUCAUCAGAGACCCGUCCAUACUCCAUUUCCAUUUCAGUCUUUGAGCGUACAAUAAUAUCCAAUGCAAUUUGGUAGAUGUAUUAGUCUAGUAAGAGUAAAUGAACCAAUUUUGCAUCAUGUAGCGCCUUCUACAAGAAUAAGAACAUCAGAGGUAACAGUUCUAGAACACACAUUAUUUGCAUGUAAUACAUGAAGUGAGGGAUACGGGUUGGGCAAGGGGUUUAUUCCAGGGAAUUCGGACCCAGGUUAAGAUAAGGGAUGUAGUGCUACAUACUUGAAACUUGGACUGGGACGGAUGCAACAGUACUGACCAAUGGACAGUAUUUUUAACAUGUGCAAGGUCACACCUUAAUAAAGGAACGCAAAAUAGGGAAAAAAAAUACUCCCCUGGAUAUCCAGAUGCUUCUGUGUAUUUGUCCUUUAGCUUCUUAGUUGUGCCAGAACUAUAAACAGCUCUUUUUAUUUAUGACUCAGCUGUGAAUUAGACUGAAGGCUGUAUAUUCAAAACGUAAUUUUGUUCAAAAGGGGGAAAAAAGUGUGUUUGGAGAACUUCAAAGUGAGCCUUAAAAUGGCUUUGGACGGUUUUCAAGAUUACUAUGGAAAAUGAGGAAAAACAAGAAGGGAAAAAAUAAAAAUAGAUGAUGUGAUUUUUUCGGAUAUUUUGGGGGGCUGGUUCGAAUGAAAAAGGAAGUAUUUGUGGGUGAUUAAUGCUUAGUUCCUGAUGUAAACUUUUAGGAAAUUUCUCAUUUCAUGACAACAGUAGAUGAUAAUGCUGCGGUGAUGGCUGUAAAUUAAAUGUUAGUGACAUGCUAAUACAUUAUUCUGUGUCCUUUUGAAAUGUAAGUUAAUUAGCAACAUGUCUCUAGUGUGUCCAAAUGUUCCCUCUAGAAAAUUAGCAACAACCAUAUUACACGAUAGUUGAGUUAAAAGCCAACUAGACAUGACUGAUUUUCCUGUUUUUGAUAGACGUGUAAAAAGGUUAGAAUAAAACCAAACUGAUUACCAAACUACUAUACACAUUUAUUUUUUUGUGUUUUGUGAUGUUUUUGAAGGUUUUAAAAAUGGUAAAUUCAGCCUCAUAUCCUUAGACCUCAGACCUCUUACUUUCUUGAUGGAGGUAGAAACAAACACGUUCUACCAAUCCCUUCAAAAGUGGGACAUACCAGGCAGAGUUUUGACAACAGACAAAAUAGACAAAUUCAAUUUCUUGAAAAGUCAAAUCGCUGUCAACUUUGUUUUGAGGUUGGGGUUUGCAGCAAUUCUCACCUGUUGAACUCUGUUGACAAGCACAGUGUGCUUGUCUUGUCUGUUGCUUUUUCUGUCAAUUUUCUGAAACUGAAGUAGCAAUGUGUCAUCUAUUAUUUGUGCAUGGAUGAAAAGAUACUUGUAUAUAAUACAACCUGUCUGAAGUGCUGUGCCAUUGUUGUUUGUGACCUGUAAAGAUUUGUUGAAUCCAGUGCUAAACCCAAUCACUACUGUUUUGGGAACGUGAGUAACAGACCUAGCACUUUUAAGUUAAAAAAAUUCCCCCAGGUCGAGUCAUGGGGAAGGACAUUUUACAUAAACUUUUGGAUCAGACUUUAUAUUGAAUGGUUGGUUAAUUUAAACUUGUUCUCUUUUUCCCCCUGAAAAAAAACAAAAUCUGGAUUUUUGGGGGAGUAGACACAGUGUAAAAGGAACAUACCAUAUUUGAAUGCAAGGUAGUUCUCUUGUGUAUCUUGGCUAUGUGGAAUUUCCAACUUGAGGAGAAACAUAACAACUUGUCUAUUUGUCUAUUGUGCCAACAUGAUUCUGUAGACCUGAAUGUUAGACAAUGUGAUUUCCAGUUAGCCAAUUUACUUCCAGGUUGGGAAACAAAAGUAUAGCAAAUGUUGCCUUGCCUUCAGUGGGUCACUUGUUUGAAGAGAUUCAACUUACAUCUUUCAACACUCAUCUUUUGUUUACAGCCUUUUUUUCCCCAUUUUUUUUUGUCAUGUUUCGUUUUCAAGGUUGGUUUUCAUUCAGGUGUUUUGUCCCUCAGACUGGAGCCCUAUGUUGAAAUGAUGUGUCCCUGGUCCUUAUUGAGACCCUUUAGUUUUCAUGCUACUCUUUGUAAAUUGAAUUUAAUCAAACGUGCACUGCAAGAAAAUUACGUUUAAUGUAUUGUGGCUUUACUACGAAAAGCAUGUUACUGUGAUAAAAUCUACUUCUAAAUUAUCCAGGGAGAGUGAUGUUAUGUGAUUUAUGUUUGAUUGUAUUUAGACUUGUUAUAUUUAUUUUUCACAUCAUGCACAAAAUGUUUAUGAUAAGAAAAACCGAAGUUCUAAAAACAUCACAAUGUCUCUGUCUUUCUUUUGUAAUUGCUUUUUAUGAGUGAAGUCACACCUAAUGCCACACUGUUUUGAUGUAUUCAGUCUUCAGUUUGUCACUCACGGGUUGUAUGUUUGUAUGUACUGUGUUAGCAAGUGUAGGCAGUGCAAACAAUGUGUUACCCUCAGAAAGACAAAUGUCUAUCUUGAUUUGAUCAGAUUUUAGUUUGAAUUAAUUUGCUGUUGAAAUAUAUUUGAAUGUCUUGAUUUUUCUUGAGCACACAAAAAUGAAAGGAGGAAUGAAAGGAUACAUUGAGAUGGUCAGACUUGGCUCAGUUUCUGUCACUGAAAAUAAAGUUUAUUUGAAACCUCCAAACAA